AUGGCUUCGCGACCAGACAUGGACGACGAAGACCUAACCUUCCACUGCUGCGCGCCUCUCCGGCCCUCAGAGCUCUUGAGACCAAUUGACGUCGGCGACCUUGGCGGCUCAGGUCACGCAAGAAAAUCAACCUUCCUGGCCUGGCCCAUCUUCGGCCCCCUCCUCUUCCAAAACGAAACGAGUGAUGCGCGCGACCACUGCGCGAAUGAGAGGACAUUCCUAAGCUACCUCCGCCUCUCAGUCUACAUGUCCAUCGUCGCCGUCGCCAUCGUCCUCUCCUUCCACCUGAAGUCCGAACCCAGCCAGCUCGAGCUGCGCAUGGCCAAACCCCUCGGCAUCAUCUUUUGGAUCCUGGCCGUCGCGUGUCUGUGUCUCGGGAUCGGCAACUACAUAAAAACCGUCAACAAGUAUAGUCGCAAAGCGGCCAUCGUGCAAACCGGAUGGAGGACGCAGCUCGUCCUUGCCGUGGUGGCUCUCAGCAUCGUAGGAACAUGUGUCGUCUUACUCGUCAUUACAAAGAUUUCAGCCAACUCUCAAGAGGGAGAAAAAAACUCAUCAACUACCGCGGAAGCAGCAGCAGCUUUUGUCGCGGGACCAGUCUUGAAGUGA